CUUCCAUCUGUAAAGUCACGUGGUUAAUACACCGGCACAUUAGCAGUUGACAUCCACUACAGUCAAUGGUAAACAUCAAGAUGAAGGUUUUCUGUCUUUUAGCCUUGUUAGGCUGUGCAUUUGUACAAGCCACAGAUUACUUCGAAGAAAGAUUCGGUGAGGGUUGGGAAGACAGAUGGGUCCAGUCUGAACACAAGAGCGACCUCGGCAAGUUUGUGUUGUCUGCUGGCAAAUUUUACGGUGAUGCUGAACUGGAUAAAGGAAUCCAGACAAGCCAGGAUGCCAGAUUUUACGCUCUGUCAGGACGAUUCGAUAAAUUCUCCAACGAGGGCAAAGACCUGGUCAUCCAGUUUACCGUAAAACAUGAACAGAACAUUGACUGUGGAGGUGGAUACGUGAAGGUCUUCCCUAGCACCAUGGACCAGAAGGACAUGCACGGAGAAUCCCCAUACAAUAUCAUGUUUGGUCCUGACAUUUGUGGUCCUGGUACCAAGAAAGUCCAUGUUAUCUUCAACUACAAGGGAGAAAAUAAACUUAUCAAGAAAGACAUCAGAUGCAAGGAUGAUGUUUUCACCCACUUGUACACACUGAUCGUCAAAUCAGACAACACAUACGAAGUCAAGAUCGACAACGCCAAGGUUGAGAGUGGAUCUCUGGAGGAAGACUGGGACCUAUUGAAGCCCAAGAAGAUCAAGGACCCUGAGGCUAAGAAGCCAGAAGAUUGGGACGAUAACGAGAAGAUUGAUGAUCCUGAGGACACCAAGCCCGAAGAUUGGGAGAAGCCUGAGCACAUUCCCGACCCCGAUGCCAAGAAGCCCGACGAUUGGGAUGAUGAGAUGGACGGAGAAUGGGAGCCACCUAUGAUCGACAACCCAGAAUACAAGGGAGAAUGGAAAGCUAAGCAGAUUGACAACCCCGCAUACAAGGGCAAAUGGAUCCACCCAGAAAUUGAUAACCCAGAAUACGAAGCUGAUGAUAGCCUUUACAAAUAUUCCGACUUUGGAGCCAUUGGCUUUGACUUGUGGCAGGUAAAAUCUGGCACCAUCUUCGACAACGUCCUGAUCACAGACGAUAUUGCCAAGGCCGAACAGGUGGGCAAGGAUGUGUGGGGCGCCACAAAAGAUGCUGAGAAGAAGAUGAAGGACCAACAGGAUGAGGAGGAGAGGAAACAGCGGGAAGCUGAGGAGGCGAAGAGAAAGGAGGAGGAGGGAGACAAAGCAGAUGAAGAAGAGGAAGGAGAUGAUGAAGAUGAAGGCGAGGAGGAAGAAGAGGAUGAUCACGACCACGAUGAGUUGUAGACUCCCCAUACUUCAUCGUUACCAUAGCAACCAUCAUUCAUCGCCCCACCCUCAUCUCAGCAACAGCAAAUCUUUACCAAGCUGUAUGCGCAGAAGCUCCCCAUUUUCUUCAUCAAACAUGCAUAAUGUUGUUUUGUUGAAAUGCAUUUGAUCAUUUUUCGCUCAUUUUCAUUUUUAACGGACAUUUAACACCAUUCUGCAAGUGGUUCCUGUUUGUAUUCUUGUUCGGGGCUGAUAAAGAUACUUCUUCCUUAUGUCAACCUAAGAUAUACUGACACUAUUUUCUGUAAGAUUGAAAUUACAGCGAGACCUGUUCUUAGUCAUAAUAUGAAUGUAAACUAUUACAAAAACCACACUUACUGAAUAGAUUUAAAGGUCAAUUUCUUACAUUUGAACCGAUUAACAAUAUUCAUUAUUGUAUAACGGUUUCAUAGUUUAAUGCAUAUUUUCUGUGAUAAUGUUUUCCACUUAGGGAAAAGUGUCGUCAGUUAAUUCAUCUGGUAUUAGACCAAAACAAUUAUUGUUUAAAUGCCUAGAACAGAAUGUAUUAUAAUUUAUGUAUAUUGUUGCUGGACAUUAGAUUAUGUUUUAAAUUGUUGAAACUUGCGACAAAGUUUCAAAUAGUAAGCAGCUUUCAGAUUUAAGUCUUGGCUCAAAUGACAUGUUUUUCAUGUCUUGUAUAUUUGUUGGUUGAUGUUGUUAAAAACUUGUGCUUAUGUAAGUACAAGUUCUGAAUGAUUUUAGUUCUUUUUAACAGUUCUUAAGACUAUUUCUGACAGUUGCAACCAAUUAUGAGCAAGUUUUGAUACAUGUAAAAGGGAAAAAAACCUGGUAUUAAAAAUGUCAAAACAGA